UCUGAUGCUGUCCAAAGAGCACAAAGGCUAGAUCUCCCCAAGCAAAACUCAUUCUCUGGUUCUUGGAUUUCCUCUCCCAGAGCAGGCAGGCCUCUCGCAGUCCCCGAUGCCAGCGGACGUGUCCGCUGGCCAUGGAAGGAGCCAGAAGCCGCCUCUGCCAAUGAACCCAACAGCACUGGAGCAGCAAGUUUGGUCUUUCCGUUCCUCUCCCACCCAACAAUGGGAUGUUUGUGACGGAGCCGGGACCGGGCUUUUGCGAGUGUGCGUCAUGCCAGAUGCAUAACAGGGUGCUGAGUCAGCCCUGUGCCAGCAGUCUGGCCCAGGCGGGUGUGCAGCAGCAGGUGGUGGAGGAGAGCUCUCAAAGGAUCGCUUUGUUGUUUCCCGGUCUGGUUUGGAGGGGUGCGGUGGGUUGGCGGAGGAUUUCCUGGUGAACGUAGAAGAUACAGGACCGAACCCGGAGCUGCACCUGUGUCAGAAGUGGCCGGCGACCCCCUGGGAGCUUGACCGAGCACGUUCCUGGCCCCACAUCUAAGUAUGCACCAGCUGCUGCUGCUGGCUUCACUCUGCCUCUCUUCUCUGCCAACUGCUUUAACUAUUUACCAGAAGGCAACUGGGGGUCCAGCCCCCACCCCACGUCUGCAGUACCUGCUGGAGCCCCUCUAUGAGGUGGUGCACGCCCAGCGCGGUGCCACAGUCACCCUGCCCUGCGUUCUGCGGGCGCGGCCCCCCCACUACAAGGUGAAAUGGAGCAAGGUGGAGCCGGCCGAGCUGCUGGAGAACAUCAUCCUGGUCACCAACGGGGCCCAGCACAAGACCUACGGGCAGCUGGGCGGGCGGGUCCGGCUAAGGCGCGGCCACCGCAACGACGCCUCCCUCACCAUCGCCGGGGUAGCGCUGGAGGACGAGGGGCGCUACCGCUGCCAGCUGGUCAACGGGCUGGAGGACGAGAGCCUGUCGCUGACACUGACGCUGGACGGUGUCGUCUUCCCCUACCAGACCAGCCAGGGGCGCUACAGAUUCAACUACUUUGAGGCUAAGAAGGCCUGUGAGGAGCAGGACGCCAGGCUCGCCACUUACCAGCAGCUCUACAGAGCGUGGACCGAAGGGCUGGACUGGUGUAACGCAGGCUGGAUUCUCGACGGGACUGUCCACUAUCCUAUUAUUAACCUCCGAGAGCCCUGCGGGGGGCGGCUUCUCCUUCCCGGAAUUCGGACCUAUGGGGCCAAGGACAAGCAGACGGAUCGGUUUGACGCAUUCUGCUUCACCUCUGCUGUGAGGGGCCAGGUCUAUUUCAUCCAGGGCCACCUGAGCUUCAAAGAGGCAGGGCAGGCUUGCCGCAACCAAGGGGCCACCAUCGCCAAGGUCGGGCAGCUCUACUCCGCCUGGAAGUUCUCCCAGCUGGACCGUUGCGACGGGGGCUGGCUGGCAGACGGCAGCGUCCGCUACCCCAUUACCACCCCUCGCACCCACUGCGGAGGCCUUCCGGACCCCGGCAUCCGGAGCUUCGGCUUCCCCAACAAGGAGCAGAGGACGUAUGGGACCUACUGCUUCACGGUGAAAUAGGGAUGGCGCGGGGUGAUGAUGGGACGCCGGGUAGGGGACGGCAGCUCUGUUCUUCGCUGGUUUCCAGCCACCCUGCCCCUGUCAAGGGUCAUGAGAUCCGUCUCCCAUGUGUGUUUCUCUUUUCCAGUGGGUCUCAGGCCGGUUUCCAGCAGCACACAACACUCGCUUGGCCCAUCCAUUCAUCGUUAGCCUUAGCAGAGAGACCAAGGACUGGAUGGGCCAUGGAGACCAGAAUGCUGUCUCAUGUCCAGAAGUGCCUCCUCCAGGAGCGCUGGCCGGAAGAGGCCGAUAGGCUGCUUGCCCUGUUCUGUGAACAGAGGAAUCUGUUCUCUGGAGCCAUGAAUCUGGCACAAAAUUCAACCCCUGGGCCGAGGGCCUGUGUGCUACUUAAGCACUGAUUUGAGGGCUUACGUGGUGCACAGGCUGGAUUCAGACCCUCUGCCCAGAGGUGACUUCUACCCUUUCAACACAGAGAACAAGUGAGAAUGGAAACACCAAAGCCCCCAACCUCAGAACUUCUCUUCUCAGGGCUUUUGCUCUCCUUGGUUUUGGGUUCCUGCUGUUUGUUAGCUGCCAUCUGGAGCAGGGGAUCAUCAGGAGAAGACAAAAUCCAUGAGACUCAGUAAGAAUCCAGUGUCCUGCUCCCGUGAGAUCACUGGACCCCUCAGAGGAAUAACAAGUAGCUGUAGAUUUUUUGGUUUAGUUUAAGGCUAAUGAAGAAGUGGCAUUUUGUAUCCAUUACUCACUUAUUUCCAACAGGGGAUGGGGUGCCCCUGGAGAUAGAAAGCUUCCUGACUCUC